UACAAGGGUUCAAGUAAAUUAGGGUUUAUCCGACAUUGGGUUGAAAGAAAUCAUGGCUUCGGCAAGCAGAUCAGCGGUGGUAUUUGGUGCCAGAACUAUUGCAACUGGAUCAAAUCUAAUUUCAAGAACCCUAACCCCCAAAUCCCUACCUGUUUCUCCUUUUCAUUCGUCAACACGAACAGUCUCUCGCGCAGCUUCAAGGAUUCUCGGGGCAUUGGGAACUGUUGAAUCAAUGAUGCCUCUUCACAGUGCAAUUGCAUCUGCUCGUCUUAGGUCAAGUAUUGCUGUUGAUUCCACCUGCUGGAGUUGGCUUUCUCAAGACUUUGGACUUCCUCGGUGACAAGGACUAUGACCACAUUGCAUCGCGGGUUCUCUUCUACUAAAAUUUCCGUCAUUUAGCCAAUGUUUUCCGUCGAGCAUGGUCUCGGUGCAUUACAAAGCAUUUAUUGCGUUUAUCACAUACUCUUUUUCUCCUAGAAGAACUGGAAAUGAAUGAAAGUUUUUCUAUGGAUUGGAUCUCUGUUUUCUAAAGCAUUCUUUGCACAUACUUAUUGAGUAAAUGGAUUUAGCAGAGC